UGCGUGUGCAUGUUUUCCGUCGGUGCCCCGCGGUGCUGCAGAGAGGGUCGACCCGUCUGCGGGGCUCCGUCAUUGGUGACGUCACGGCUCCCUCUAAAGUUACACACUCGGAAUAUGCGGACGUUUGCGCGUCCCAAGAAGUUGUGUCUCUUCUUCUUCUCCCACUCCACUAUUUGUCGAAAUGCCGAUCGCUGGCCGCGGUGAACUUCUGGCCGUGGUAGCUGUUGCUGUGGCGAGUUUGUGCUGUUGCGUGUCGUCCGUGAAUUCGGAUGAAGAUGAGGUUCUGGAUAAAGCUUCCCUCGUGGAGUUCUACAAGAGGGGCGUGUUCGUGCUGGAGAGCGGGCCCCUGAAGCGCUGCGUGGCGGCCGACCGCUCCAACCUGGUGCUGGAGGACUGCGGGCGGCUCACGCGCCGCUCGCUCUGGGCCUGGAUGUCCCGCCACCGGCUGUACAACCUGGGCACCAGCGCCUGCCUGGGCCUCAACCUCACGGACGCCACCCAGCCGCUGGGCCUGUUCGAGUGCGACACGCCGCUGCGCACCGUCUUCUGGCGCUGCAACGGGGCCUCGCUGUACGGCGCCUCCCAGAUGAAGCUGGCGGUGAUGGGCCGCCUGGUGGUGGCGUCCCGGAAGUCGUACCACGCCUGGCGCCGGCUGGGCACCGAGGCCGAGGGCCCGUGCUCGGUGCCGUACGAAGACGUCCACACGCUGCUGGGGAACGGCCAGGGCAUGCCCUGUGCCUUCCCCUUCAAGUACAACAACCGCUGGUACUCUGAGUGCACCUCGGAGGGCCGGGAAGACAACCACCCCUGGUGUGCCACAACCCCCCGCUACGACCAGGACGAGAGGUGGGGCUUCUGCCCCAUACUAGACUCCAGCUGUGAGACGUUCUGGGAGUCGAACCAGGAGCUGCAGGCCUGCUACCAGUUCAACCUGUACACCAUCGUGACCUGGAGCCAGGCCCGGGCCUCCUGUCGGGCGCAGCGCGGAGACCUGCUCAGCAUCACCAGCCUGGCGGAACACCAGUACAUCAGAGAGCGCCUGGCGGACGUCGGGGUCAUGGUGUGGAUCGGACUGAACCAUCUGACGGAGGGACGGGGGUGGCAGUGGUCCGAUGGAGCACCUCUGGCCCUGGUCAACUUCACCACUGGCGUGUCCGGCAGCCCGCUGCAGGACAACCGACCGUGUGGCGUGUACAACUCAGCGGGCGCCUGGCAGAGCCUGACCUGUGAGUCUGCUCUGCCCUACAUCUGUAAGAAGACCCCCAACAUAAGCAGGAGGGCGGAGCCACUGGAGAACUGGCAGUACCACCACACGGUGUGUCCUGACGGCUGGACGCCCCACAACGGCCUCUGCCACCGGGUGCUGCCCGUGGAGGAGGCCGGGAGCUGGGGGGAGUCGUCCAGGGCCUGCCUCUCCCUCGGGGCCCACCUCACCAGCCUCCACUCCCUGGCCCACGUGGAGCAGCUGAUCAGCCUCCUGGACGACUUCUCCGGGCUCAGUCCCAAGGUGUGGAUCGGUCUGAAGACGGAGACGUCCCACGCUGUGUUCUGGUCGGACGGCUCCCCGGUCACCCUGACCCAGUGGGCCCAGUACCAGCCCCCCCGGACCCUCAGCCGCCACGGGCCGCUGUGUGGCCGGGCGGACCGCAAGGAUGCUAACUGGGAGCUAGCGCCGUGCGAAGAGCGGCUGCCUGCGGUGUGUCAGAAGAAGGGCCAGACUGACCCCGAUGACCUCAGCAGCCCGGGGCCCAAGGACUGUCCUGAGGUAGGACCCGCACACACACACGCAGAGACAAGGCCGGGAUUUAGGGCCGCUCACGCACUGUCUGGUGUUAGCGUCCACCCUGACUCACUCUGUCCGAGAGAGAGAGAGAGAGAGAGAGAGAGAGAGAGAGAGAGAGGGAGAGGGAGAGGGAGACAGAGAGAGAGAGAGAGGGAGAGGGGGAGAGGGAGAGAGGGAGAGAGGGAGAGAGAGAGAGAGAGAGAGAGAGAGAGAGAGAGAGAGAGAGAGGGAGAGGGAGAGGGAGACAGAGAGAGAGAGAGAGAGAGAGGGAGAGGGAGAGGGAGACAGAGAGAGAGAGAGAGAGAGAGAGAGAGAGAGAGAGAGAGGGAGAGGGAGAGGGAGACAGAGAGAGAGAGAGAGGGGGAGAGGGGGAGAGGGAGAGAGGGAGAGAGGGAGAGAGGGAGAGAGAGAGGGAGAGAGAGAGGAGAGAGGGAGAGAGGGAGAGAGGGAGAGAGGGAGAGAGAGAGAGAGAGAGAGAGAGAGAGAGAGGGGGAGAGGGGGAGAGGGGGAGAGGGAGAGAGGGAGAGAGGGAGGGAGAGAGAGAGAGAGAAAUUCAUCCUUUUUACUUUCUAUUUUACGUUUUGUUUUUUUUCUCGCCUCUCACUCCAUCUUGCUUCUUACAAGCUAUCUCUGUGUGUUUGUGUGUUUUGUCCCCUCGUUGUCAUGCCAACGCUGCUCCGUGGACCCCAGUCAGCGCAGGGGGGUUGCGUGGUGAUGUCCGGCGGUGCGGCCCUGGGUCAGUGGGAGGUGAAGGACUGCGUUACCCACAAGGCCUUGUCUGUGUGCAAGCACAGCAUUCCCGGUGGCCAUGCCGGCGUGCUGCCCAGCGUCCGCAACUACUACCACUACCAUGUCAACAGCACCGCCCCCUGUCCGCCAGGCUGGGAAUCGCAGCUGGGGUUCUGGCAUUGCUUCAAGGUGUUCCAUGAUGAGAAGGUGCUGAUGAAGCGCUCGUGGGUGGAGGCAGACUUCUUCUGCCAGGCCCUCGGAGCGAAGCUGGCUGCCUUCCACCACUAUGAGGAGCAGGUGUUUGUCAAGAGACUGCUCAGCACCAUGUUCGAAAGGGUUCAGGGCCGAUGGUUCUGGGUGGGCUUGAAUAAGAGAGACCCUUAUUCGGACGGGUCUUGGGCGUGGUCUGAUAACAGCCCUAUUGUGACACAGUUCUUCGAAGACAAGAACGAGGAGGACGAGCAGCGCAGCUGUGCGGUCUACAGCCACCUGACCAACACCAUGCUGCCUCAGCCGUGCGACGCCCCGCACGAGUGGAUCUGCGAGCUGCCCAGAGGCCAGGAGCUGAAAAGGCCGUAUUGGUACACGGAACAGAGCGAACCCUGGGUGUUCUACCAUGGGGCAGAGUACCUUUUGGCAAGGCAGCUGUUUGACUGGGAGGCGGUGUCCCUGGCGUGCCAGAUGAUGGGGGCCCAGCUGCUCUCCAUCCACUCCAAGGAGGAGCUCCGCUUCAUCCAGCAGCGCAUGGCCAAGGUCUGGGCUCUCCUGUGGGGUGCUACUGAUUGGUGGAUAGGGCUGUCCAUCAACCGGCCCACGGAGGAAGUCAGUUGGAGUGAUAAGACAGAUCUGGAUCUCCAUAACUGGGCUGAGGGCAGGUCUUACGGGGGUCCUGACAAUCAUAAGCUGUGUGUCAGCAUGUCUUCAGCAACAGGGAAGUGGUCCGUGGGCGAGUGCACCGGUCUCCAUGGUUACGUGUGUAAGCGGCGGACAGUGUCCGUGUUGGAGACCCACCGAGAGCCCCACUACAUCGGCAGCUGCCCUGAGAACUGGGUCUACUUUGGACACAAGUGCUUCCUGCUGCACCUCCCUGAUGGACCAGAGGAGGGGAAGAGCUGGACCGACGCCAACUCCAUCUGCUCCUCCUUCCAGGGCUCGCUGGUGGCCAUCGAGGACCCCAUACAGCAAGCAUUCAUCACCAUGCUGCUGCAGGGCAGUGCCGUGGGCGUCUGGAUUGGACAGAGGAUCGACGACACCGAUUGCUGGACCAACGGGAGGCCUGUGGGCUACACCAACUGGUCCCCCAGAAACUCUCCUGCUGCGGAUGAUUGGCUGAGCACGGCGAUGGCGGCAGGUGAGCCUCUGUGUACCGUGCUCUCCAACCACCACAACCUGCACCUGGCGGGGAAGUGGUACGACGACAAGUGCUCCGAGACGGGCUACGGCUACAUCUGUCAGAAGCCCCAGGACCCAUCCAAACCGCCGACCCACACGUACCACCACCCCGCCCCGGACAACGUGGACUACAAGAGCCGCAACUACAAGGUGUUGCCGGGCAACAUGAGCUGGUACCAGGCGCAGCAGGCCUGCAUGGACGUGGGCUCGGAGCUGGCCAGCAUCACGGACGCCUACCACCAGGCCUUCCUCACCGUGCUGGUCAACCGGCUGGCCGCGCCCCACUGGAUCGGCCUGUACAGCCAGGACGACGGCCAGAACUACCAUUGGUCGGACGGCAGCGACACGGUGUACGCCCACUGGGACGUCAGCGAGGACGAGGAGGACUUUGUGACGGGGGAGUGUGUGUACCUGGACGUGAGCGGGGGCUGGAGGCGGGCCGACUGCGAGAGGCCGCUCCCGGGGGCACUGUGCCACGUCCCCCCGCCAAGAAGCAAUGCCUUCACCAUCUACGAGGUGGUUUGUCCCCCUACGUGGGUGAAGUUUGGAAACGGCUGUUAUAACUUUGAGCCUGCGGUCGAAAGACUAACCCUGGAGAAAGCCAGAGACCACUGCAGGCAGAAAGUCAACACGUCAGAUGUCCUCAGCAUCCAGAGUGAGGCGGAGAACCGCUUUGUGCUGGAGCAGCUGUGGUCGUCCGGGUUCCCCCACCAGACGCUGUGGCUGAGCAUGUUCUUCAACCCCGACACGAAGGCGCUGGCCUGGCUGGAUGGCUCCCCUCUCAACUUCACCAACUGGCACUUCCACGCCCCGGAGCGCAACUCUCUGUCCGCAGACAGCUGCCUGUCUGUCAGGGUGCAGGACGGCACGUGGCACCUGUCUGCCUGCACCCAGCGCCUGGGCUUCGUCUGCAAGACACGGCCCGAAACCAUAACUGAGGUGGAAGUGGAACCACUAAACGGCCUCCAUCGGGGGGUCAUCCCCGCUGCCGUCCUGGUGGCCGUGCUGAUCUUCUGCUUGGCGGCCGGGAUCCUCUGGCUCCUGUACCGAAGGAGCAACUCGCGCUUCGGCCGGCUCCCCCCGCUGGUGGGGGGGGCGUACUACAGACAGACCGACUCCCAGGGCACCGAGUCAGACGGCAACGUGCUCAUCACGGACCUGGAGGGUGGGGGUGUAGUGCGCCUCGUGUGCGUCCGGCGGCUGCGUCCCCUGAACGCGGCGCGCAGCUGCGCUCGGUCGGUCGGGCUGCGGAGCUUCGCGUCCCUUUGUGUGUAG